AUGUGGUCUCACCGGAAACCGAAGGAGGAUUGUGGCGUAUGGAAGACUGUUGGAUUGUGCGUAGAAGUCCUCAUCUCACCGUUCUGUGAUCCGGAGGAAACUGUGAGCCGAGGAUUUCUUCGCACAAUUCAACAGUCUUCCCUACGCCACAAUCCUCCUUCGGUUUCCGGUGAGACCACAUCACGAAUUCCUUCCAAUCAACUUUUCCUUCGAAAUGGAGUCAUGUCACAAUAA